AUGAUGAACGGUCGCGCUAUGCGCUCCGUGCUAAUCCGAAAUAAUCGAGCAGAAAACGGAUCGGUCGAACAUGUGCCUCGAUCCGUUCGCUUCGAUGAGAGCUCUGAAGAGUAUAGAUGUUUAUGUAAUUGUUUUCAUGUGAAAACUGGAGCCUACCUCAUUGGUGUUGUUCAUAUUUUCAUGAUCUUAUUCUUUUUAAUUUAUUCUCUUCUUGUUUAUUUUCAACAUGAUGGACGAUUACAAGACGCUCGAGGAGUAAAGGGAAACUACGUUUUCGCAUCAUUCCUUUCCGAACUGAUUGGUUUGAGUCUAGGAUCAUUCGCCGUUUUCCUCUUGUUCGUUGGUCUCUCCCGAAAUCAAGCGUUGCUUCUUAUACCACAUAUAUUUAUCCAGGUGAUUGCAAUACUAUGCUUUGCCUUCGUGUUGGUUGCCGGAAUGGUGGCAGUCGCAACUGAUUUAGCUGUAUUCUAUAGGCUUGUCAAUGCCGCUCCUUUCAUGGAGCAUCCAAGUCACAGUACUGUCGCUCUCGAUACAGGUACAAUGGUGCGCAUCUAUUCGAUACUAAUAGUCUAUGCUGUGUCUCUCAUUCUAGAAGUCUGGUUCAUCAUUGUAAUUUAUAAUUGUAAUCGGUACCUUAACGAACGAAGCACGUAUAUGAAAUACUGCUUGGCAUUUAGCACUCCAAUGAAAACUUUAUCGUCCAGAUAA